UUUUUAUUUUUGUGCUGGUUUUAAUGAAGAUCUUUGCCCAGUUUUUUCUGCAGUUGUGGUUUCUUCAAGUAUAUGCAUUUAAUUACUCUUAUUUAGAAAGGAAAAUACUAUAAAAAAAGUUUAUGGAUGUAUUGUGCUUACAAUGAUGCAAAAGACAGUCACAUUAUCAAUCACUGGCAUGGUUUGCAUGUCUUGUGUGAACAGCAUUGAAAGUGUAAUGUCAAAACAUGAUGGUGUUGUUAACAUUAAAGUUAGUCUUGAGGACGAACAAGCAGUUAUUGAAUACAACAAUGAAAACACUUCUGUGAAGGAGUUAUGUUCAGCCAUAGAGGAUAUGGGAUUUGAUGUCACAGAAAAAAAGUUGGAUAAUAAUUUCACGUCUGUUACAAUACACAUAGAAGGUAUGACUUGCACAUCAUGUGUCGAUAGCAUUGAAAGCAUGAUUGGUGAAAGAGCAGGUGUAAAAAAUAUAUCUGUAUCAUUGAAUGAUAAAACUGCUGCAAUUGAAUAUAAUAAUACACAAGAAACGGAAGAUUCAUUGGUUGAAGCCAUCUGUGACAUGGGAUUUGAUGCAUUUGAUUCAGCUGUGGAAUCAGCGACUGUUAAUAUAGAAGGCAUGACUUGCCAAUCUUGUGUAAAUACCAUCACAGAAAUGAUGUUGAAACAAGAUGGCGUUAAAAGUAUAAACGUGUCAUUAGAAAGUAAAAAUGCUGAAAUUAAAUUUAUUAGGAAAAAUACUAAUGUUAAAAUAUUGUGUGAGCAAAUUGAAGAUAUGGGCUUUGAAGCAUCAUUUAGUAAAAAUGAACAAGGAAGUCAAAAUAUCUCAAAAGAUGCUCCUGUAGUUUUCACAAAGCAGGGUGAGUAUAUGGAAGUGAAGUUGCCACUAAACAAAACCACAGAUGAUCUGCUGAAUGGCAAAGUUCAAAGUGGAAAACUAACACGGUCGUAUUUCCAUGUAACUGGAAUGACAUGUGCUUCAUGUGUUGGUAAAAUUGAAAGGGAAAUGAAAAAGAAAAUAGGUAUCGAUAGCAUCAUGAUCUCAUUGAUGGCACAGAAAGCAGACAUAUUGUAUUAUGCCGACUUAAUUAAUCACAAUGAGAUAGAAAAAUACAUCAAAGAUAUUGGGUUUGGUGCAGAAUUUCUUGAGACUGAAAAUAUAAAAGAAAAGCUUGUUGAAUUUAAGGUAUUUGGAAUGACUUCUGGACCAAGUUCCUGUUACUUAAUUGAAAGCAGUCUGCAAAAGAAAAAUGGUGUGCUAAAUGUGGAUGUGAGUCUUGGUUAUGUCAAGUGUAUACAUGAUGUAACUAUAUGUGGCUCCAGAGACAUCAAAAGGGCCAUCGAAGAUCUUGGUUUUACAGCUAGAUUGCACAAUGUUAAAAAAAAAGAAGAAAUGUUGAGUCACGCUUAUGAGAUAAAACACUGGAAACGAUCCUUUCUCUUUUCUCUUUGUUUUGGAGUUCCAGUCUUCAUAAUAACAAUGACAUACAUGGUGUUGAUAAAACAUGAUGUGAAAGAUGUCACUCUGGUAGCAGGAUUAUCAUUAGAGAAUACAAUUCUGUGUGUUCUAUGUUCAAUCGUGCAGCUUUUUGGUGGAACGUACUUUUACGUAUCAGCUUGGAAAUCGGUGAAACAUGGAAGUGCGAAUAUGGAUGUUCUGAUUGUAUUAGCUACUGGCGUUUCUUAUAUCUACUCAGUAACAGUCUUGGUUGUUGCUUUAUUUGAAAAACCGAAGACGAGUCCGAAGACAUUUUUUGAGACACCACCCAUGCUGUUCACGUUUGUAUCAUUGGGACGUUGGCUCGAGCAUAUUGCUAAAAGAAAAACAUCCGAAGCUCUUAGUAGAUUACUAUCUCUUCAACCUGCUGAAGCUGUGCUGGUAACAGUAACAGAAAGAACUUUCCAUGUUGAAAAAGAGGAAGUUAUUGAAGUGGAACUGGUGCAGACUGAUGAUAUUUUAUUGGUAAAACCAGGAGGUAAAAUCCCUUGUGAUGGCCGUGUGGUGUAUGGUUCUUCAACAGUAAAUGAGUCGUUAAUAACGGGUGAAUCAAUGCCUGUCACGAAAAAGAUUGAUGACACUGUCAUUGGAGGCUCUGUCAAUCAAUCUGGUGCGAUGUUAAUUAAGGCGACAAAUGUCGGACAGGACAGUGCUUUGUCACAAAUAGUGAAAUUAGUGGAGGACGCACAGACGUCAAAGGCUCCUAUUCAACGAUUUGCUGAUCGUAUCGCUGGAGUAUUUGUACCUGGAAUAGUCCUUUUGGCAACAUUGACGUUGGUGAUUUGGGUUGUGGUUGGCGAGAAACAUUACGAUGUUGUUCUAAAACACAACCAGUCUUCGCUUACUGGCCAUACCGAAAUCGUCGUCCAGUUUGCUUUCCGUUGCGCGAUAUCUGUUUUGUGUAUUGCUUGUCCAUGUGCCCUUGGGCUUGCUACACCAACUGCUGUUAUGGUGGGUACAGGUAUUGGAGCAUUGAAUGGUAUUUUAAUCAAAGGAGGAGAACCGUUGGAGCGAGCCCAUAGGGUGAAUACAGUUGUGUUUGAUAAAACUGGUACAUUGACUCACGGCAAACCACAAGUGAUCGCAUCGAAGUUAUUCAUUCAAAUGCAAUGGAAGUUUUUUCUAGCUAUUAUUGGGACGGCCGAAUCCAACAGCGAGCACCCACUGGGUGCUGCACUAAAACAGUACGUGUUAGAUAUUCUUGGAAAAGAUGCUUUGGGAGAGGCAUUUAAUUUCAAAGCCUAUGCAGGUCAUGGGGUCAAAUGCAACGUGAGAAAUAUUGAUGAGCAUAAUUUCAACGAGAGUGGUCAUGAUGAAUUACCAGUGUCUGUGCAAGCGGAUGGAUACAGAUUAGAUGAAGUCGAAUUUGCUGCAAUUGAAGGUAGACGCGUGUCAGACGCUUCAACUACAUAUGAAGUUCUGAUUGGUACACCGACUUUUAUGAACAAGAAUGGUAUACACGUUGAAUCGGACGUUGAAAUUGUUAUGAAUUCGUACGAAGUAAAAGGACGAACUGCGGUACUUAUAGCUGUUAAUGGGAAGUUGGCUGGCCUUGUUGCGUUUGCUGACUCUGUCAAAGAUGAUGCAUGCAAGGCUGUCGGUAUUUUACGAAAGAUGGGAACUACUGUUAUUCUUCUGACAGGCGAUAACCAAAAGACUGCUGAAGUCAUCGCAAGACAGGUAAAUAUUGACAAAAUUUAUGCUGGGGUUCUACCAUCUCACAAAGUUGAUAAGAUUAGAAUGCUACAGAAGCGUGGUUGUACUGUCGCGAUGGUGGGUGAUGGGAUCAACGACUCGCCUGCGCUGGCGCAAGCAGAUGUCGGAAUAGCGAUAGGAACAGGAACAGAUGUUGCAGUUGAAGCAGCUAGUGUUGUUCUUAUUAAAAAUGAUCUGAUGGACGUUGUAGCAGCUAUUGAUCUUUCACGAAAAACUGUCAAUAGAAUAAAAAUCAACUUUAUAUUUGCUCUUGUUUAUAACUUAAUCGGAAUCCCAGUUGCGGCUGGGAUAUUCCUACCAAUUCAUUUCGUAUUACAACCAUGGAUGGCUGCUUUGGCGAUGGCAAUGUCGUCUGUUUCUGUUGUUUGCUCCUCGCUAUUUCUAAAAACGUACAAGAAGCCUUCAUAUACUGAAGAUGGUGAGCUUAAACCUGAACAGCGUAAAACAAAAAAAUAUAAUUCAAUUCUUGACAAACUGCAAGGCAAACUGAGAAAGAAACCUAGACGGACGUGGUCUGACAGUGAAGAGGGUCUUUUAAAUGACAUGGAUGAAUUUUAGAGAACUUUAGAAAAUAUCAUAUUUUUAAAUUAAUGCAUGUGUGCCUCGCUAUUUAUAUAUAUUUAUACAAUGGUGAGCUUCUGGUCUCAAAGAUUGCUAACCAACUAAAUUAAAAUCGCAUUUUUUUUUUCAUGAAAAAAAAAGGGAUCGAGUACUAUCGGUCGCAAAUACGCUUUAUGUGAAUAGUUUUUUUUGCAACUCAUAACAUAUUGGAUGCACCGAAGUUCACAAAAAUUAUUCUGCAGAUUUUGAUUCAACCGAUCCCUAGUCUUCGGUCUUUUUAUUCUGGUAUUUUAUCCGCAAUUUUUUUUUUUUUAUCGUGAGCAAAAAAUAUUAACCAAUAGAGUUUAUUACAUUUUACAUUAAAAUUAUUGCCAACAAGAGGCUGUAUUUGUAUGAGAAACUUUCUUUUCAUCAUCUUGUCAUUGAGACAGGCCGCUUGUCCAUAUAACAGACUAAGUCAUAUUGGACGUAUGAAAGCGAGAUAUCGGUCAGUAAUUCUGUCUGCUUAACGGCCCUGGACUUUAUUGUUGGACUGUGAUUGUUUUGACAUUUCUAAUCUGCUAUCAAAACGCAAACAUAUUUAAAUGUGUAAUGUGAAUUAUUCGGUCGCGAGCCCUGUAGACUACUUUUGCAAGGUCUUUCAGGGUUGGGUUUUUUUAGAAAAUUUAUAAUUUGAAAAUGUUUAAUAUAUGUAAAUUUUGUAUAUUAUAUUCAAAGGUAAUCACUUAAUUUGGAAAAAAAUGAAGAAUGUUUUUUUUUGUAA